AUGUCCUCGUUUACACUCGUGACGGGGGUGCUGCUGCUUUCCGGCUGCUUGUCGGGCGGCUGCUCACCCACGCCCGCCGAAACCGUUCUUCCUGGGGUAGAAGGUCUGGACCAGCAGCAGCAGCAUCAGGCAGUUCAGGGUGUGCAGCAGACAGACGAUCCUGUGACCCUCUGCCCGUCCUGUGCAUUAGCCCAGAGACAGAAAGACUCGGGGGAGCAGACCGGCAUGUUGGAGGCGGUCAAGAGGCACAUCCUCAGCAUGCUGCAUCUGAACACCCGGCCAAACAUCACGCACCCAGUGCCCCGCGCCGCCCUGCUCAAUGCCAUCCGGAAACUUCACGUGGGUCGGGUGGGUGAAGAUGGGACGGUGGAGAUGGAGGAUGAUGGAAUGGGACACGGAGAGCACAGAGAGCUACCCGAGGAACAGCCUUUUGAAAUCAUCACCUUUGCAGAACCGGGUGACGCCCCUGACGUCGUGAAGUUUGAAGUCUCCAAGGAGAGUGGCACUGUAUCCAUGGUGGAGCAGGCCAAUGUUUGGCUGUUUCUUAAGGUCGCCAAGGGCAACCAAAGAAAGGGAAAGGUGUCCAUCCAGCUACUAAACCAUGAAAAAGCGAAUCAAAGCUUAACCACAGGACCCCAGGAAGUAGUGGUUUCUGAGAAGGCGGUGGACACGCGACGCAGCGGCUGGCACACGUUUCCCGUGCCCAGCACGGUUCAGGCCCUGCUGGACGGGGACAGCAGUUUGCUCAGCCUACAUGUUUACUGUCCCAUGUGCGGUGAAGCCGGUGCCACACCCAUCCUGGUUCCCGCAGAGGGGAGCAAGACCAAGGAGAGAGACCAAUCGCACCGACCCUUCCUAAUGGUCGUUCUCAAACCAGCCGAAGAACACCAGCACCGCCGGAGCAAGCGCGGCCUAGAGUGUGACGGCAAAAUCCGCAUCUGCUGUAAACGGCAGUUCUACGUCAAUUUCAAGGACAUCGGGUGGAACGACUGGAUCAUCGCCCCAUCCGGAUAUCAUGCUAACUACUGCGAGGGCAACUGUCCCAGCCAUGUGGCCAGCGUCACAGGCUCAGCCCUCUCUUUUCAUUCCACCGUGAUAAAUCACUAUCGAAUGCACGGCUACAGCCCCUUUAACAACAUCAAGUCCUGCUGCGUGCCAACACGCCUCCGGGCCAUGUCCAUGCUCUACCACAAUGAAGAGCAGAUGAUCGUUAAAAAAGACAUCGAGAACAUGAUAGUGGAGGAGUGUGGCUGCUCAUAAGACUCCUAACAAACAGUUAUGGAUGUAAAUCGUAAAUGUUGCAAAGCACAUAUCGGACGAUUGGCAUGAUGUGUUCACCCCGCAAACAUUCAAAGUGGUAACUGCGAACACGGGCAAGGUAAUUGUUAAUAGACCGUUCCAAUAGGACUGGUUAUUGGAGUGGUCUUUGUGGCACUUUCAUAUACGAAAUGAAGGAGGAUAAUAUAUUUUUUUUAAUGAAGGGACGCACGGACUGAGGGAACGGGUGCAUGGGGUAAAAGUGUCAGCCCUGAUUCUCUGCACUGCAAUAAAGAGACAGUAAUGCUGAAGUGUGGAAUUAUAUAUUCUGAGAACGAGAACCAUGCAACUCUAUGCAAUGUUAAGUAUUAUUACUGGAUGUCCUUUUUUUAUUUGUCUUAGCUUUUGGUUUCAUGCCGUUUUUAUUGAAAACCCGUUUCUCACAAUAAGAGUCAUAUUUUAGUACGUUGAAGAAGUAGUUGUGUUUGUUUCAUUUCGUUUUUGAGAAAUACUUGAACAAAACCUAGUUUGACCAGCUGCUGGAGCCAAACUACAUUAUUAUUAUUAUACAUUCUGAAUGUUUAUUAAAAGUAAUAUGAAUUUGCACUAAGCUUACAUUUUAACUUUGUUAAAGGGAUAAUUCACCCCAAAAUGAACAUCUACUUGUUCCUUUACUCCCUAUUUCACCCAUUUCUGAACUAGACUGUGUUUGGUUUGGUUUUUCUGCUUACAAUGCAAGUGAAUCGCAUUUCCCUCUUCUCAAGCUUCAAAAGGAUGCAAAAAAUUCUAUACAUUUCUAUGCAACUCGUGCCAUAUGUAGACACGUAAAUGUGUGCAGGGCAAAACAAUGGCAGGUUUCCUGCAUUCAACUGCACGGGUCAAAACACUAAAAAAAUUAUGGAUUUUAGUUUUCAACAAACCUGUUCAUAUGCCUUGAAGGUAUUUGGAAUAUACAGGAUGAGUCACAUGGAGUUUUUUUAUUAAGCUUUUGGAUCGUUUUGGAGCUUUCUAUGAGGCAGUCACAAUUGUAAAAGCUAAACUAAAACUAUAUCUGUUUUGGUUCUGAACAAGGAAAACCAUAGGGUGGUUUAAAUAAAACAAAUAAGGGUGAGUAAAUAAUAACUAAAUGUUCAUUUUUGCGUGAACUAUUCAUUUGAGCCCCAGAGCUGGAAGGGCUGCAUUCCAGUUGCCAUAUGAGAGUGUAGAACUAUAUGCAUUUGGAAAAUAAUAAUAGCAAACCAAAGACCAUACACACCCCAUUCUCAGAGCAAAUCGCUGCAAUGCGCGGCUCAGUAAAUUUAUUGAAAUUAGCGACAACAGUGUAUGGCCAACAUAAUAUACUAUUAACACGAUAUAGCACAUAAGAUAUUUUUUUGUUUGUUUGUCUGUUUGUUUUUCCUGAAACAGCCACGAUGUUAACAUGAAACUUUUUGCUCUGUGUUUCAACAGUGUUUGUCUCUACCAAUGUAUAACAAAGAUCUUUGAAUCUGUACUGAAACUCAGCCUUCAAGCGUUAUUCUGGACAUAAAAAAGAAAAAUCUUCUGGCAGUGGUGAUUGGCUUUGUCCGGGACAAAGUUUAAGACACUAAAGGAAGACUUUGGAUUUUAAAAAAAAGUCUGUUUUGUGUAGAGUUAUACAACAUAUGGUGAUAUGUUGUUAUGUUGUACAAAUCAAAAUAUGUGCUUGUUAUGUUUUAUAUCUAAUUUAUUUUGCAGCAUAAUCUUUGCUUCACUAUUAAAGCUAAAAUGUACAACUA